AUGAGCGGCGCGAGUCUCGAGACCGUGUCGACGGUGUUUGUCGGUGGGAUUUCGCCGGGUGUGAGCGAUCGGUGGCUGGUGCAGCUGUUCCAGGCAUGUGGUGGGUACCGUUCAUUCAAGCGCGUGAGCAAGGCGUUUGGGUUUGCCGACUUUACGACGCUGCGUGAUGCGCUUCGUGUGCUGCAUGUCUUGCAUGAUUUGGAGCUGCCUAGCAUGGGUGCAGAACGUACACAGCCUCGAAAAAAGCUCAUUGUCAAAGCUGAUGAAAAAACCAGUGCGUUCCUCAGCGAAUUUGAGAAAACCAUGGUGCGUACCGACGCCGAUGCCUUGCAGGAUGCCGCCGCACGUUCACGUGUGGAUUUCGUGUUGCAGGCGAUGGCGUCGCCCAAUGCCGAUACAGGGGAGGAGCCGGAACGUUUUGAAAUUCCUUCGCACCUGAAAGAUUUGCCUGUACACGAAAUUCCAGCCGAGCGUCGCAAGGAUGUCAUGUCAGAGAUCGAAAAGUUCCGGCUUGGCGCCGUGGCAAGUGAUGCUGCCCGCCGACGUAAGGAGCUUGAGCUGGAACGGCAGAGGAACGCGAUGCUUGCUGCGCAGGAGGCUCGUGCUAGUCCUGUACCGACUGCGGCGGCCAGCGCCGAAAUAACGAUAGACGAUCCGGAAGCCGACGAUGAGAAGCGGGAAGCACAACGACGCGAACAGGAGCAAGCCAAGAAAGAGCGCGAAGGACGCCAAGCCGAAGACGCGUACCUGGCCCGCGAGCGUGAACGUCUCGCUGCAUGGGCCGCUCAUACCCCAUCGCGCGAUCCCGUGCAGACACGCGCCCAUUGGGAUGCGAUGUCCGAAGACGACGAAUUGGCCCUCGAAUUGUUCUGGACAGAUAGACGACGAUGGCUGCAGCAGCGUGCCUCGGUGCGUGAUCGCGAAGUGGCGCAGGACGACAGCGACCGCGCAGCGCAGAAAGAGAAAGAGGUGGAAGGACAGCGGCAGGCCGAUGCCUUCUUCGCCUCGCUGGAUACCGAUACCGCGGCGCCUGCUUGGCGUCCCUCGCAAGGCGCUCCCCUCAAGCUCCAAGUCCACCAUGUCGAGCAACGACCGGGCGAUCGUGCUCGAGCAGAGCUUCUCGAGCAGGUGCGUGGCCUCUCGCCCGAAGCACGAAUGGCGCAUAUUGCCUCUCUCUCUCGUGACACAUUAUGGGCGAUCACACCGGAUUGGGCCAACGUCGACUGGCCCAGCAUUGCUUCGUUGCUCGACACGGGCAUUGCCGAGAGCUUUGGGGAGAGCGUUCCGGAUCUAUGUGAUGCCGCUAUGGAGAAGCUCCGUGAUCAUGCAGACGCCCACGACAUUGAAGAAGCGCUGGCGCCGGUGCUGGACGACGACGCACCGGCGUUGGUGGAUCAGGUGUGGAGGGCGUUGCUUAGCACGGCUUAG